AGAGACCUGAGCUGUGGAAAUACCUGUGCUGCGGGCACGCGCGCUAACGUCUCCAGCCAGGUCCCAAGUCCGGGGCAUCGCUCUGUCCGGGUGGCACGGGGUACAGGCAGGCUCGGUUUUGCGUCUACAACUUGUGUCACACGCCCUUCACGGGCGUCCAGCCUCCGGCGCCCUGGCUGCCCAGGCUGUGGCCUGGCUGCUAGUCGCAGUGGCUGGGUUUAGAGGCGCGCUCAACGCGGACUUCAGCAAGGCCCCCUCCGACUCCGGCAUGAAAGCCACUUGUCCUGAAAUUAUUUUGAGGCAAGAAGUUUUGAAAGAUGGUUUCCACAGAGACCUUUUAAUAAAGGUGAAGUUUGGUGAAAGCACUGAGGACUUACAAAGCUGCCGACUCUUAAUUAAACAGUCCAUCCCCACGGGACUUUUUGUGGAUCCAUACGAGUUGGCUUCAAUGCAAGAGAAAAACAUGACAGAGGCAGUGGUGGUUUCAGAUAAUUUUAACAUAGAAGCCCCCAGCUAUUUGUCCAAGGAAUCAGAAGUUCUCAUUUCCGUCCGGCGAGAUGCACGGUGCACUGGCUGUUUCCACGCCUUUUUGCCUGUGCACUAUCGAUACCACCGGCCGCACAGUGAGGAUGCAGAAACCUUGAUAGUGGUCAGUAGCCCAGAUCUGUUGAUGUCCUGUGACCAAGAGUUCCGGGUGUUGGAAUGCUGGGCCCAGGCAGAGGUGGCAGCUCCCUGUGCUCUGAAGAGUCAGGACAUCUGCCAGUGGAGCAGCCUGCAGUACAGACUGGGCCUCAUACUUGCCAAGAAGGUGCUGUGCCACUAAGUUAUACAUGCCCAGCCCCAAGAUGUCCUUUUUUGAAAGGUGAUUUUCAGAUACUAUUUUUUUUUUUUCUUUGAGAUGUAGUCUCACUGUGUAGUUCAGGCCUUGAUCUUCUGUAGCCCAGGCUAGCCUAGAAUUUGCAGCAAUCCUACUGCUUCAGCCUUCCAAGUGCAGGGAUCACAAGCGUGUGCCACCAUGCCCUGCUUCAGAUACUAUUUUUUUUUUUUUCUUUUUCUUUUUUAUCGGUACCGGGAUUGAACUCACGACUGUCUGCUUGCAAGGCAGGUGCUUAUGCUGCUGAGCUAAAUCCCCAGCUCCCAGAUACUAUUUUUUACAGAUUGGUUUGGUAACUUUGUGUGUGGAGGGGGUGGGAGGAUGUGUGUGUGUGAAUUAAUCCAGUUAUAAACAGUAACCAAAAAUGAAAGAAUUCCUGAAUUACCUAAAUUUUAAUGUUUGUAAAAAUUUAUUUUUUGGGGAUGGGGAUUUAGCUCAGUGGCAUAAGUGACUGCCUGGCAAGCGCGAGGUCGUGAGUUCAAUCCCUGGUACCGCAAAAAAAAAAAAAAAAAUUACUUUUUGGGCUGGGGAUUUAGCUCA